AUGUCGGAACGACGAAAGUCCUCUCGGCUGAGUGGGAAACGACAACGAAUCGAAGAGCAGCAAAAGAAGCUCGCCACGGAAGACAGUCAUCGCCCUGUGGCUGGUGCCUCUGCCGAAGCAAAUGAUUGUGGAAUCCUUCCCACGACUGGUGACUUGUAUGGAGGGUCCCACUACAGCAAGUUGUGUUCCUCGAACAUGACAUUGCAAGGAAAAGCCAUGCAAGCCGCUGCCUUGAGAUUUGGAGACGGUGAUACUCUCCCCUUUACCCCCUGCAAAAAGGGGUAUAAACCUUUUGCCAGCACCAAGCAAAUAAUGUAUGCAUGCCCCCUCCACGACAAGGAGAGACGACAACGAGUGAAAAAGGAGGGAGGAUUAUUUCGCAAAGGUGAGGUAGACUUGGAUUUAGUUUUCUGGAAGCAGAAGCCACCGGGGAAGAGCGCCAAGAGUCAACAAGAAGAAUGUUUGUCCAAACCAGAGAAUGACAGUGCAACAUUGGUGGUUGAAAAACAGUCAUCCAUGGCAUCCAUUGCUACUGGUGCCCCAAAACGAUCCAAGAAGGCUAGGUUAUCAUAG